AUGGCGGCGGCUCCGGACGCGGGCGGCAGCCCGGGGGCCGUGCGGCUGCCGCGGUCGCCGCCGUUCAAGGUGCUGGCGGAGCAGCUGCGGCGCGACGCGGAGGGCGGGCCCGGCGCCUGGCGGCUGUCCCGGGCGGCGGGCCGCAGGCCGCUGGAGCUGGCGGCCGUGUGGAUGCAGGGCACCGUGGUGGCGGCGGGCGGCGACGGGGCGCGGCUGCGGGACCCGAGCGGGGCCUUCUCGGUGCGCGGCCUGGAGCGGGUGCCGCGCGGGCGGCCCUGCCUCGUCCCAGGGAAGUAUGUGAUGGUGAUGGGAGUGGUGCAGGCCUGCAGCCCCGAGCCCUGCCUUCAGGCCGUCAAGAUGACCGACCUCUCCGAGAAUCCCCUCCAUGAAAGCAUGUGGGCACUGGAGGUGGAAGAUCUGCACCGCAGCAUUCCUUAG